AGUGCACUAUAUAGUGAGUACUUGGUUGUUCCGGACGCACGAGAUGAACUCGGAGCUGGAGCGCGUAUCGCUCAAGUCGCGGGCGAACUCCGUGGGCUCGAGCGGGCGCUCUCUUUCCGUGAACGUCCAGCGGCUGCACGACUCCCUGCACGUGUUGCUCGGCGACGGCGAGCGCGAGCAGUUCGCCCACUGCCUGAGCGUGUACCACGCCAAGCGCAACGUCUACGACCUGGUGCAGACGCUUAAAGUCAUCCUCGACACGCCCGGAAAGCGCCAGCUGCUGCCCAUGCUGCGCCUCGUGCUCCCCCGCGCGGACCAGCUGCUGUUCGACCAGUACACGUCCGAGGGCCUGUACUUGAAAUCAGAACCGCCCACGUGUGCGCUGGCUGAAGGAAAUCACGCGAACGCCGGAACGAGCGCCCACGCGCGGGCGCCCUCGGUUCACUUCGCGGAUUUCAGCACCGCGGCGGACGGGACAGCGAACGACGACACGCGCCACGUGACCCUGAAACGCACCAAGAGCCACGAGGGCCUCGGGUUCAGCAUCCGCGGCGGCGCAGAGCACGGAGUGGGGAUCUACGUGUCUCUGGUUGAGCCGGGAUCCUCAGCGGAGAGAGAGGGACUCCGUGUGGGAGACCAGAUCAUUAGAGUCAACGAGGUGGUGUUUGACCGGGUCACCCAUGGAGAUGCAGUUAAGGUGCUGAAGGGAUGCAAGAAGCUCUGCUUAUCUGUGUGCUCGAUGGGGCGGAUCCCUGGAGGGUAUGUGACCAAUCAUGUGUACACGUGGGUAGAUCCUCAGGGUAGGAGCAUCUCUCCGCCCCCUGACCUGCUGGAGCAGCAUACCGCGAGCGGACGCCACUUUAACAGCCAGCGCCGUGGACACGCCCCGCAACAGGGUGCGGAGAGAAGGGUCACGGUCUCCUUGGAUGACGGACGUCCGCUGGGUCUGAUGAUCCGCGGAGGAGCAGAAUAUUUCCUCGGCAUUUAUAUUGCCGGAGUGGACCACGGAUCAGCAGCGGAGUGCGGAGGUUUAAAGGUUGGGGAUCAGAUCAUGGAGGUGAAUGGGCACAGUUUCCGCAGCAUUGCCCAUGAUGAGGCUGUGCAGAUCCUGAAGAGUUCACAUCAUAUGCUGAUGACCGUAAAGGACGUGGGGCGUCUUCCUCAUGCCCGCACCGUAGUGGACGAGACCAAGUGGAUCUCCAGCCCAAAAAUCGCAGAGAGCUCGGCCAGCGCUGCCCUGAGUGUGGCAGGAGACGCUGCUGCAGGAGGCUCAGGAAAGGGCCUGAUGUCCCCGGCUCUGGCCCCAGGACGUGUGGGGGCUCGGAGUUCUUUGGAGGAGCAGGCCUAUCUGCUGCUUACUGAGACAGAGAGACAGACCAUGAACUACUACAUACAGGAGUACCAGUGUGGCCAUAUUGGGGUAGAGCCUCUCGCCAUGGCCCUGUUUGAGCUCUUCAACACACACGCCAAGCUUACCUUGCUGGCAGAGGUGCGUGCCCUUAUCGCUCCCCAGGAUCUGGAGCGUUUUGAUGGCCAGGUCGUUCAUCAUGAGAUGGAGGCAUGGAGAGCGAGACAUGGAAGCCUGGGCCUGGUCCACACCAAAUCCCUCCACAGCUCUCAUCCUGAGAGUCAUGUCCCAACUGCCUGCCAGCUGACUGCUUCAGCAAUGGGCUAUGCGAAGAAUGAGUGCAGGAUGGAUGGAAGCGUGGAGGCAGGACCUGCGGGGGCUUUUAACUCCUUACCGGAAAUAGCUUUGGACGAAGUACAAUCCCGCAUCGAGUCUCCACCUCAUUUCAGACCCCCACCUCCUCCUGGACACGGGAGUCCAAAGGUCCAGCUCAAACGCCCUUUGUCUAAACUGUGCCAAACCAACCUGCUCUACACUGCCCCCUGCAGGAUGCAACAGGAAAGCCAUGCUUUUAAGUACGCGGACCCGCACAUACACCCGUCCUGCUCGGCUCACACUUCCCCGUGCACUGUCCACCACAGUUCAUCCCCCUGUAUCUCCCAUCGCUCUCCUCCUCCCUGCUCCCAACAUCGUUGUUCUCCAUGUUCUCUUCAUCACUCCAGACCAUCAGUUGCAUCUCCAGGCAAAGACCUCAUCCAAUUUCUGAUGAGCAAGCCGGAGGCCAUGUUGCCGCGCCAUUCAGAAUCUGCAAACCGCUCACGAGCUGCAACCCCCACCCCUAGCGUGUCCGCUCGCUCCUCCCCGUCUCUAUCGCCCUCGCUGCGUAUACCUGCGCCACCACCUUGCAGCCCGGAAAAACCCAAGGUCACGAUUUCGGCACCCAGUCUGAGUCCAAACAUGGCACGCCACCACAUGUUCAACGCUGAACAGGAGUCUGCGGAGGAGGCGAUGCGAAUCCAACCACGAGGGGCUACUUUAUCCCAGCUCUCAGAUAGUGGACAGACCCUGAGUGAGGAUAGUGGCGUGGACAUUGCAGAGGCAGCGGGAAUGUGCAAGGACAGCAGUCCUCGGCCUGGUAAAGCCGUAUCCCAGAAUGCAUCAGGAGAGCCUCAGGGGGCGGAACGAACAGGACAGAUUCCCAAUCACCAGCCUGGCCAGUCUGUGCCCACCUUGGUACGGGUGUCCAAGAGUGCUAAUACACUGGGCAUCGCCGUGGAAGGUGGCGCCAACACCAGACAGCCUCUUCCGCGCAUCGCAACUAUACAGAAAGGGGGCUCGGCUCAUCUAUGUGGACGGUUGCGCGUAGGUCAGGUGAUCCUGGAGGUCAACGGGAUGUCUCUCAAAGGCAUGGAGCAUCGAGACGCUGCGCGUGUCAUCGCAGAGGCCUUUAAGACCAAAGAGAAGGACUACAUCGAUUUCCUGAUCGACGACUUUAAUGUUGCCCUAUAAAAGGUGACAGAAACGUUACAUGGACCUCGAUAGACAUUGCACCUUAUUAAACAUGGACACCAGUGGACAGUAAGGACGAAUACAGGAGGACUUGGGCGAGCUGGAGUCCCACAAGUUAAAAAUAUCCUUCAUCUUACCCAGUCACGCUGCCUGCUUAUUUCAGGGUCACUGAAAUGAGGUCCUGCUUUGCUUUCAUGCUGUAUUUGUGUCCCAAAAGGCAUCCGGGAUCCGUGCGUGUUUGUGAGGUAGGAAUAUGAUAAUAGGACAAGCGCCGAGGUUUCAGGUUGAUUAUUAAAAUCCAUCUUGUGGAGCAGCAGGAAAAACCAAAGCUUGAAAUGACUCGCCUCUGCCCCGUGCUCAAGGACAUCCCAGUGCAGACCGGAGAUAGAUGGAGAGAGCUAAUGGAUAGUGCUUAAAAUCCACUUUGUCUGAGUAUGAGCAAUAUGGGCGGCUGGUGGCUUGCCCUCAUUCCGCUCCCUGUCCCAUAUUUUAAAUAAUGAUGGAGAGUUUAUAGCACUUUGGAUGCGGCUGUGUACAUGGGCAAAACAAUGCUAGGCUUAUGAAACGCUGAAGAAGACUGUUAGCUUGAAUAUCAUUUCUCAUGCAGUGCCAAAAAACGAAUCUGACGCACAAAUCACACAUCACAACCUGACUCUUAGGAAUGAUUUAUUUGUACUGGUCUAAAAAAUGGGACACACUUAAAGAAGCAUUUAAUACUAUAUCGAGCCCUCUACUGUCUGUGAGUGGAACUGCACGUGCCGCGUAAACAUUGACAAACAGGCUCUUACCGAAAUUAUAUACAACGAAUUGCAGUUUGAAAAAAAAUUCUGAGAUUCAGUGUCAUAGCUGGGGGCGGAGCUUAUUUAUGAGCCAUAUAAAAGUAAAAAAAAAAAAAAAACAAC